CUUCCCACCUCACCCCCAACAACUAUUACUCAGAUGUCCUCAUGUCUCUAGAGCCAGAAGCUGAACUCACAAUACAUUCUAUCGUCUGUGACACUGCCGACUGACCACGCCGCCCUGGACAAUACCCCAAGGAUUAUCGUGAACAACACUAUUCGUAACCAUAGACACUUGCGUGAACCAUCUUCAACCGAAAUUCUUCUGGCACAAGCCACCGCGCCGCCCGGAUCGCAUUCUACCAGCAGUCCCUGGAGGCACCGGCCCAGACCUCAAAUUAUACAACCCAACCCGCCGCGCACUAGCCGCACAGCUACCUUACAAUCCGACACGAUGUGCAACAAGAACAUCUUCACCUACGUUUACCCUGACGGACACAAGGGAGAGCACAUCAAGCAUGAACUGUGCGACCAUUCGCGACAAGGCAUGCCGUGCAAACUUACGAAGACCUUCCAGCACCCGACCGAAUACGUCCGUCCCGGUCAAUUGAGCCCGCCGGCAUCGACCUACAACCAGUUCCCGCCGACGCCGCCGCUCUCAUCUCACUCCGCGUCUGCUUCUGACUCGGAACACUCUUCCAAGGAGCGCUCGGGCGUCUACAUCAAUGGCGAGAAAGUUAUCGACCUUAAUAGGCGCCAGUCGCGUCGCGACAAGGGCGACCGCACUGUCUACGUUGAGGGCUCAUCGCAUUCGCGCACCCCGCCCCGCCGGUACAGCGUCUCGCGCAGCAGCCCCUCCUCCAGCCCGCGCGAAGAGGCUACUUACCUGCGCGAAUCCCGCCGGCGCGAGAGAAGCCCGGAAUCGCGCGAUCGCUCUACUUCGUCGCACUACCGGGGACCAAUCAUCGAAGUCAAGGUAGUCAACGAGAAGCAGCGCGAACGCGAUCACAGCACCCACCGUCGACACGGAUCUUCCACCAAAUCCAGCUCUCAGUCUGGCGACGACGAGGAGCGCCGCCGACGCCGCCGCGACAGCCACGUCCGAUUUGAGGACGACCAGAAGGGCGAGGAGAAGAAGAAGAAGAUCCAGUCAGCGAUCGAGCGCCAAAAUGCGGACAUCGCCAACCGCCCCGCCGUCCCGGCCUCCCAGGCGCCUUCCAACGCCCGCUACCGUCGAGGCUCAGUAGCCAUCGACCGAAAUGAGACGUCGCUAAUCACCGCUAUGGAUCAACUUAACCUCGAGCGCGAGAAGCGCCGGCGGGAGAAGCGAGAGGCAGAGCUGCGCGCGCGCGAGGAAGAGGAGGCGCAAAAGCAGCGACUGAAGAAUCGCCUGGCUCCCACGCGUCCCACUACUAUUCCUCAAAGCCAAACACGCCCGAGACCGAAGCUACUCUACGAGGACCCAUACUACGGGGAAUGAUUACGAACAAGUACACCGAAGAACAAACCAUUACAAAAAAAAAAGGGUCAAAAUUUUGCAUGUAUAGGAUAUAACAGCGGCGUUGGAUUAAUGAUACCUA